AUGCCAUCAUUUAUUGGUUCAAUUGACCAAGGUACAACAUCCUCUCGCUUUCUGAUAUUCGAUGAAAUAGGUACUUUAAUAGUUCAACAUCAAUUAGAAUUUCCUCAAUAUUAUCCUAACCCUGGCGUGGAAGUUUGUAUCAAAAAGGCUAUUGAAAAAUUUAUUAAAAAAGGCUAUUCCGUUAAUGAUAUAAAAGCUAUCGGAAUCACCAAUCAACGAGAGACAACUCUUGUAUGGGAUAAAGUUACUGGAAAAUCCCUUUAUAAUGCAAUUGUUUGGUGUGAUAUCCGUACUCACGAUUUGGUUCAUGAAUUAAAUUCGAAAUCUCCUUUAGGAGCUGAAGUUUUGAAAGAAUUAUGUGGUUUACCAAUUACCACCUAUUUCUCUGCUUUAAAAUUAAAAUGGUUACUUGAUAAUGAUUCUAAGGUCAAAGAAGCUCAUGAUAAAGGAACUCUAAUGUUUGGAAAUGUUGAUACUUGGCUUAUUUGGAAUUUAACGGGAGGCUGUAAUGGUGGUUUACAUAUUACAGAUGUUACCAAUGCCUCUCGUACCAUGUUCAUGGAUAUUAAGAAAUUAGAAUGGAAUGAAGAACUUCUAAAAUUUUUUGGUGUGAAAAGCAAUUGUCUUCCUCGAAUAUGUUCAUCAUCGGAGGUUUACGGUCAAAUAAAAACUAUUGAAGCUAUAAAAGGAAUUCCUAUAGCUGGUAUUUUGGGUGAUCAACAAGCAGCAUUGGUUGGUCAAAAAUGUUUUCAUCAUGGUGAAGCUAAAAAUACUUAUGGUACCGGUUGUUUCAUGUUAUUCAAUACUGGAACAGAUAUUGUUAUUUCGAAAAAGGGACUCCUUACCACAGUUGGUUAUAAGUUUGGUAAUGAACCAACCAUUUAUGCUCUUGAAGGUUCUAUUGCUGUGGCAGGAUCAGCUGUUAAAUGGGUUCGUGAUAAUUUGGGAAUUAUUAAAGAUGCUUCUGAAAUCAAUGAAUUAGCAUCUAAAGUAAAGGAUACUGGUGGUGUUUAUUUUGUUACGGCUUUCUCCGGAUUAUUUGCUCCUUAUUGGCGUGAUGAUGCUAGAGGUUGCAUUGUAGGAAUUACCCAAUUUACCAAUAAAUCUCAUAUUUCUCGUGCUACUUUAGAGGCUGUUUGUUUUCAAACUAAAGCAAUUUUAGAAGCUAUUAAUUCUGAAUUCGGAUUUCCUUUAAAAUCUUUAAAAGUAGAUGGUGGUAUGACUAAUUCAGAUUUAUGUAUGCAAAUUCAAGCUGAUAUCCUUGGUAUUGAUGUUGAUCGUCCGGCAAUGAGAGAAACGACCGCUUUAGGUGCCGCCAUGGCUGCUGGACAUGCUGUAGGUGUAUGGAAAUCUCUUGAUGGAUUAAGCUCAGUUAAUACUCAAGGUAGAAUGUUAUUUUCUCCUCAUAUUACUAAAGAAGAAUCUGAACAAAGAUAUAAUGUAUGGCAAAAAGCUGUUGAAAGAAGUUUAGAUUGGGCUUGA